CGCGCACCCAUCCCUUUUAUUUAUUUAUUUUUUUUUACUUCCGCCCGCAGUCGUCAACGUGACGCAGCUCGAACCGGUCGCUUCAACAUUUUUCCCCCCGUGUCGGUUCUUGUGUCGCUUUUUUAUUUUUAAUUUUUGUUUAUUUUCGUGGGGAAGGGGGUGGUUUGAAAAAAAAAAUUGCGCCGUGUUUUGUUUGUUUAAAAAAUUGAUUCUUUUCAAGUUAAAAAAGAAAAAAACAAAAAGAUUAGUGCCAUCUAAGUGACGCGUGAUUGGGAUGAAAAUGUGAAUUUCGGAAUGGAUUCGAAUUGAAUCGGAGCCUUGCGAAAAGUCGUUUGAAAUCGCAUCACUUUUGGACGCAAAGUUUGCAAUUCUAUUGUUUUGAUUCACAAUGAACAGCUGGUCGUCGACGCCCGUUUUCCUGCGUUUCUUCCUCAUCAUCAUCGGUUUCGGUUGGCAGUGGAUGAUCGAAGCGCACAAGGGACGACAUCACAACUCUAAAGGAACGGCGGCAGCAGGACCCACUUUGCUCGGCCAUUGGGAUGCUAAUAACGUUGCGGACAAGAGCUACGCCAAUGGAAGCAGCGAAGCGGCCGGACAUCAAAGAGCGCCCCUCUUUGACUGGGAAUCGAGUCCAUUGCCGAGUUGGUCGUCGUCGAUGGACUCGUUGCGCACGGGACACGCCGAACACGGACAUCAACGCAUUCAAGAAGUGACGACCACUUUGGGCCAAACGGCUUUUCUUCACUGUCGUGUUCGCUACCUGGCCGACAGACGAGUACUUUGGAUGAGGCAAAGAGAUUUGCAUAUACUGACGUCUGGACUUCACACGUACACCAACGAUUGGCGAAUUUCGGCCGUUCACGUGACGGUCCGUCAGCCACCGCAAGGCGGACCGGUCGUUCCGGCUAAUGGAGAGGAUGUCUCUUCAUCGCCGUCGUUUGCGCCGGUGGCCAAUGGCAACGCGGCCAUGGCAUCGUCUGCAUCUCGAAACGCUUCCGGCCCAGCAGAUUCGUCUUCCUCCGUCUGGGACGACGAGGACGGCGUCUGGAGUGAAUGGACUCUGAGGAUCCGUUCGACAGAGGCCAAAGACGCCGGCCUUUACGAAUGUCAAGUGAGCACUGAGCCCAAAAUCUCCAAGAUCUACCGACUUCACGUUGUCGUUUCGAAAGCGUCGAUUCUCGGCAGCGCCGAACUCUUUGUCAAGAAAGGCAGCGACAUCAAUUUGACUUGCGUGACGCUGACUGAAGAGCAUCAACCGCCUUCGCAGAAUGCGCCGAUGGGCGUCAACAAGACGCCGCACUAUUUCACGUGGCACCACAACGGACAGGUGCUGAAUUAUUCGGCUCGCGGCGGGAUGAGCGUGACGACGGACACGAUCGAUGGUCAGAGUCGUCUGCUCUUGGCCAGAGCGGCACCUCGUGAUUCUGGCAAUUACACGUGCGUGCCAGGCCCGGGAGCCACACCGGCCUCUGUCACCGUCCACGUCCUCAACGGUGAACAACCGGCGGCCAUGCAGAGAGAUAAUGCUGCAUGCCUUGUGACACCUUGGUGGACUUCAUUGCCGGGCAUAGUUGCCCGCACGUCUACCGUCUCUUGCUGGACGGCUCUGCUCACAUUGGCCGUUUCGUCGUCUUGGUUAACUCGAUCUCAACUCUGUGAUGUCACUUGACAACCGUCGUCGUCUCCCAUAUAAAAGUUUGAAGUUUUUGUCAACUCUGUUUUGUUUGCUCUUUCUACGCGUAUUCGUUUUCAAUGUUUCUCAUUUUAGAUUCAAGUCAAAAAACAAAAAAAAAAUGAUUUUUAAACACAUUAUUAAUUAAUUUAUUUUUUUCAAUUUAUGUUCCUCAAAGUCGAAUUUCUCAUUCCUGAAAAAAAACAAAACAGUCAUCGAUAUUCUUUUGCUGUGAGUAUUUAUGAAUAUAAUUAUACUAAAUAAGGUCGUCCUUUAAUCUACCAAAUACGGUACACAUGAAUUUGGGGAGAAGGGACCGCUGCGUGUUCUGACUGUCAUGUCGUUUGUUACGCGGAGGAACAUCAUCGCCUCCCGUUUUUUUUUCUUUUCAUUUUCUCCUUUAAAUUCAUUUUGAACAGUCCACCAGCCUACAUUUAUAAUCCAUAAAUAUUUAUAUAUAAAUAAAUAUAAAUCCCGGCCCCCCUCAAA